AUGAAGCCUCCAGCUCUACGGCCAUGGCUUCCCACACCGGCCCUUCGACGGCGGCCAGGCUUCCGCAGGCCCUAUGCAAUGCAAUCGCCAGGUGCACCAACAUUCAAAGUCUUCAAUGACAAUGUCAAGUACCUACAAAAAGAGCGAGCCGCCGCCCACCCCGAGUUCAGUCGCAAAGUCGACUAUCUGAAAGACGAAGUUGCACAGCGACUGGUGGACCGUCUCCUCGACAUAGACCGCCAAUUCCCAAAAGUUCUCGAUCUCGGCGCAAACAGCUGCAACAUCGCCCGAGCACUUUCCAAACCUCCAUUGAUUGCGCCAGAACUUCCAGAGGGACAAGCCUCGACCAAGAUCCCACUCUCCGAACGUGUCCAGCAUCUUGUAUGCGCAGAGACCUCACCAACGACUCUCCACCGCGAUGACUCGCUCCCUGCGCCAGAAGUGCCGAUCACGCAGGACGUCCUGACAUCGCUCGAGGCACUACCCUACGAAGCGAACAGUUUUGACGCCGUACUGUCCUCUUUGUCGUUACAUUGGAUCAACGAUCUUCCCUCCGUUCUCUCCAGCGUAAAUAAUAUUCUCAAACCCGAUGCUCCUUUUCUUGCCGCCAUGUUUGGCGGGGAUAGCCUUUUCGAAUUACGCUCUUCGUUACAGCUGGCUGAUCUCGAGCGUCGCGGUGGUGUCUCGCCACACAUAUCACCCCUAGCGGAUGUUCGUGAUGUGGGUAAUCUACUAAAUCGGGCUGGCUUUACACUUCUCACUGUUGACGUGGACGAUAUUGUGGUUGAAUACCCGGAUACAUUUGCUCUAAUGACAGACGUCCAGGCGAUGGGUGAAGGGAAUGCUAUUCUCAAAUCCAUGGGUGGGCCAAUGACUCGGGAUGUUUUGCUGGCAAACGAAGCCAUAUACAGAGAACUGCACUGUCAAGACGACGAAAAAGAUAGGAUACCCGCCACCUUUCGGGUUAUAUACAUGAUCGGCUGGAAACCUGGUGCAAAUCAACCGAAGCCUCUGGAAAGAGGAAGCGGAGAGGUCAAUAUCAAAGACAUUCUUGGUGGGGGAGAUUUCAGUCGAUAG